AUGUCAGCCAACGCAUCUCGUCUGAAAGAGGCUUCAGAAUGCGAGCGAAAAGCAGAAGAGUGUAUGAAGACGUCAAUGAUAAAACUGAAAUUCAAGCCCGACUACGAUGGAGCGGCCUACUCGUUGGAAAGAGCCGCCGUCUGCUAUCGGAAUGCUCAGGAGCCGAGAAAGGCGGCCGAUUCGUUGCUCAAAGCGGCUCAGUACUAUCAGGAGAAUCGGAAUCUUUUUCAUGCGGCAAAAGCCCGUGAAGGCGCCGCAAUGUUGCUCCGUGAUAUAAAAGAGUUCGCGGAGGCUGUGAAACUGUUCGAAAAGGCGAUAGAUGGAUACGCGGAGAGCGGAAAUCUGGACACCGCCGCGUUGACUGUCGAGAAGGCGGCCGAUGUGUUGAAGAACGAUGAUCCGAAGAAGGCGUUGGCGAUCUACCAACGUGGUUUGGCUCUAGUUCAACAAUCGGAUCGGGCGAAAAUGGCGAGUCAAUUCUUGAAACAAAUCACAAAACUCUCAUUACAACUCGAGGAUUAUAAGGGAGCACUCGUCUCGAUUCGAGAGGAAAUCGAGAAAUUCGUCGAGAUUCGGGAAUAUCCACGUAUCGGUCAACUCGGCAUCGGUCUCGUCAUUGUUAAUUUGGCAAUGGAGGAUUCGGUGGCGGCGUUGAAAGAUUAUAGUUGGGUUGUGAGUCUAUCACCGGAUAUGCAGAUAUCAGAAGACGGUCGAGUGUGCGAGAAUCUGAUUGGAUACUACGACGCAGGCGAUGACGAAAGUUUCCAGAAUGUUCUCAAGUGUGGAGUAUUGAGAUCGAUGGAUAACGAGUACCUCCGUGUGAUGAAGAAUCUGAAAGCACCCGGUGGAAAUGGUGGAAUCGCCGAGGACGACGAUGAGGAAGGAUUGUGUUAA